AUGACGCGGGGCGGGUCAGGGUACCAGCGCAGCAGCAUGGAGCGGUCGAUGCUGGGGGAGAGCCUCCGUGAGCGCAUGUGCCCCGCGCUCAUGGUGCUCUCGACCGCCGCCGCUGAGGCUGCCUGCCAGAAGAACGCGCUGAGCUUCGUCGACCUGCUCCGCCCGCACUGCGAGUUCUCCAACCUCAACGUGCCCGUGCGCACGGCGGGCGAGCAUUCGUACCGCCUGCACGACUUUCGCGUGCGAGUAUUCUAUGCUAGCGAAAUCCAGCAACCGUCCCAAGAGGCAGCAGAAGAUUUUUGUGUGCGCUUUGUGACAAACGCGAGUGAGGCGGCAGACGCAGAGCUGAUGGGGGCAGACCCGAGCGACCUCAACUCCAUCAUUGGCAUGGCCAAUGCGGAGAACCGGACUUGUUGGUUUCAGCGUUUUACCGACGAGUUCAUGCGCACACUCGUCUUUUCUGACCACGAGACCUUUGAUCAUCCCAUUGCGUGUCUGCUGGUCGCCUCCACGUCAGAGCCCUUCCCUGUGCGCGCCUUGCGUGAGCUCAUGACUCCCGAGCGCCUGCCUGCGCUCUACCGUGACGGCACCAUGGACCCCAAGCUGCACCUGCACUACCUCCUCCUGCACGACUGCUCCUCCCUCGGCCCUCCCUCCACCUCCUCUCAAGUCGAGCUCACUAUAGCUGAGAUGCGUGCUGCUUUUGGCAGCCCUGUCUGCCGCUUGUUGCCUAUCAACUCUGCCGCUGCUCCCAGCCAGUCUCGGCCUGACAUCUGGACCAAGCACCGCCCUGUCCCCGUUGGAGGGGUCGCACCGCCUCCUCCUGCCGGCACUGCGUUGCCACAGAGCCCCUCAGGUCCGCCGGUGUCAGGGGCGGUGGGGCAGUAUAUGAGUGAGGCGGACGUGAGGGAGGUGGCGGACAUGAUGAUGGAGCUCAGUGUGAAGCACCUCGUACCUCACCUCGAGCGAAAGGCGCGAGACCUCAACCAGCAGAUCUCAGCCAGUCGUCGUGGGCUACGCAACCAGAUCAAGAACUUGUGGUUUGGCAAGGGGAAGGAAGAGUCGGCAGACGCCACACCCGGCGUCUACACCUACCGCUCGCCUGAGUCUCAGAUCCGCCAGCUGGCGGACGCAGCCAUGAUGCUGCAGGACUUCCAGCUUGCGCUGGACAACUACCGGCUCGUGGCGGCAGACUACCGCAGAGACAAGGCAUGGAAGCACUACGCUGGGGCGCAGGAAAUGGUGGCAGUGUCACUCUUUCUCUUGGAGAUUUCUCGAAGGGAAAUGGAGCAGUGCAUGGAGAGCGCUUACGCCUCAUACCAGCGCUGUGGUCCACUGGGAGCCCGCUUUGCCCUCAGAACAGUCUUCUGGAUGAUUGGGAUGUUUAAGGCUAAGGGAAACUUCCGAGAUGCUGCACUCACCCUCAUGCGUGCAUCUUUGGAGGAGAGUGGAGUGAAGGCAGCAGUGUUGUUGGAGCAGGCAGCGGUCUGCUUUGUGCGAGUGACGCCUCCCAUGCUGCGCAAGUACGGCUUCCACAUGGUGCUCGCAGGCAACCGAUACAACCUCGCCUCCCAGCGAAAACAUGCCAUGCGGGCGUAUAAGUGUGUGGAGGGCGUGUAUCGUGACAAGGGCUGGAACUUCAUCCUAGACCACUGCAACUUUACGCUUGGCAGGCUUUCAGCAUACCUCGGCAGCUACAACGGGGCGGUGGUGUAUUUUGUCCGCUUGCUGGCGUGCGCCCACCAGUCUGCCGCCAUGCAAGCCACUUUCCUGCGAGAGUUCCUCUAUGUGGUGCAGGCAGUGCAGUCAAAGGACAAGCAGGGAGCGUUGGAGCUGCCGCUGCCACACGUCAACACACAGAAGGUGUACGUCCACUUUGAAGACCACCGCAUCUUCGCAUCCCCUGCCUCUGAGGAGCUCCCAGAGUCAUUUUGGUCGGCACUGGAGGAGGGGGUGGUGCCGCCAGCAGCAGCCAUGGUGGUGCCCACGUGGCUGGACGCGCCCUCCAAGACACGCGCAGGGGCGCAUGACACCAUCGCCACCAACACCUGUGUCGCUGGGGAGGACAUUGGAGUGGACGUGGAGUUUUGGAACCCUCUUCAGAUUGCCCUGCAGAUAUCUGGCGUGCAUCUGCUCUGCCAUCACUACGACACCUCCUCCUCCUCCUCCACCACCACCACCACCAGCUCUGGCACCGGCACUGCAGCAGCCAAUGCCCCAUCCUCCCCAGCCUCUCACUUGGGCGCAUCACCUGCAGCAGUGCCUUCCGCGUCGCCCUCUGCUGCUGGUGACCUUGCUUCUGAUGCUCCCACCUCUAGCCACAGCCGGCCCACAUCACCAAAUGCUGCUGCUAAGGAUGGAUCAGGGCUGGUGCGUGCAGCAAGCUCUCCCGUUCUGGAUCAAGCAGAGAGCUCAGAGUCACUAUGGGAGAGCUCUGGGCGUGACGACGGGAGCGCAUCUCGAAAGAGUCAAUCCCAAAGCGACCUUGCGGCAGACGACCCUGCUCUCUUCCUGCACCCUCUCGCUGAUACCACCACCGGUGAUGAGGGCCAAGGCAAGGGUAGUGAGGAUGAUGGGAAGCGUGCUCUUGCCAAGGGAACAGAGGGAAGCAAUCUGCAGCAGCAGGGCAGUGGAGCUGCUAACCAGUCAGCACUAACUGGAGGAGCAGAUGGAAGGGGGAGCAAGAAGGCAGGAAAGGUAGAAGCGGGGAAGGAGGAGAAGGGCAAGGAGGGCAACAUGCAGAGUGCCAGUGCAGCAGCGGCUAUUGCUGGUAGCGGAUUGACAGAGCCGUAUGUGGCUGAGAAGACUGCCUUUGCCUUGAAGCCGGGUGAACGUGUCACAGUGCGUCUGAAGGUGCGGCCAUGCCGUGUGGGCGUGCUGCACAUAUUCGGUGUGGAGUGGGCCAUCACCAGCGAGGGCCGCACAGCCGUCAGCCGCUCGCUCUUCGACAUCAAGGCACCUCCCAAGCGCAAGGGCAAGCCGUCACGCCAACUGCCCACCCACCAGCGCCUACACUUCCAUGUCAUUCCGGAGAUGCCACGAGUUCAGGCGGAGCUAGAGGGUAUGCCAGAGGAGGCAGUGGAGGGGCAGCUUUACCGCUUGCAACUCAAGCUCACCAACACAUCACAUGUGCCGCUUAAGCGCCUAAAGCUGCGCACAUCCCACCCAGCCUGCCUGCUGCUGGGCGACCCUGCAGACCGCAAUGCCCGCCUGCCUGCAUGCCUGGAGCAGCAGCAAGUGGACGAGGGGGAAGCCACAGGUGGAGUUCAGGGGACUAAAAGAACCAGCGGUGGUGGAGGAGGGAGUGGGGUGGUGGCGGCAGAGGGAGGGUUGCCUGUGGAGCGCAGUCGGAGCGUGACAGACCCGCAGGGAGAUCACGGCAGUAUGAAGAAUGGCUUCAUCUUCUCCUUCCCAUCUCGGUUCAUCCUGGAAGGAGGAGCAUCGCUGGUGUGGCCCCUCUGGCUGCACCCUCUUGAUACAACCUCUCUGGACCUUGGCCUUGUCUUCUUCUUCGAACCUGCCCAUGCGAGUGGUGCUGCUGGAACUGCCUCUGCUGCUGCCACUUCUGUGGGCAGCAUUCUUGGGGGCGUGGGCCCUGGGAGUGGGGCAGAGGGCGGGUCGUUCCCUCCUCCUCUCCCCACGCACCACCACUCGCAUCAAUCCCACGGCCAUGGGCAUGGACAUGGGCAUCACUCACACCAUCGACCAUCGCAGCAUCAUCCGUCUCACCUCUCCUCGCACGCCCCCAUGACCUUUCGUACCUUGCGUCUGCGACAAACAAUCACGAUCCACCCGUCCCUGCACGUGUCACUGCGCAUAGCUCCCAGCAACUCGGACAUCGCAUGCUACCUGCUCCGCAUGGACGUGGAGAAUCACAACCACAGCCGCACCUUCUGGCUGCGCCAGGUCUCUUGCCCUGGCUCCCACUGGCGCCUCGCUCCCCUGCAACCCGCCCAACCACGACAACCUUCCCUCUCUUCUUCUGCUGCUGAUUCUGGUUCGUCGAAUCUGGACGGCCAGAGGCAGCAGCAACAGGAGAGCGAGCUGGAGGAUGAGGAGCAGCAGAUGCGUGGGGCGUUGCUAUCUGCAGCACUGGCUGCACCCCAGAUCCUGCCUCCUGGCCAAGGCACCUCAAUCUUCUUCCACAUUCAGGAUUUCGCCUCGUCAGCCAAGAACGAGCGCGCGGACAGGGAGAGCUUCAAGAGUGAUGCGAGGCUGGGGGGGCAGGCGGAGCCUCUCAUUGACAUCCGCAGAGACCCCUUGCACGCCCUGCACCUCAGGGAACGAGUGUUCCAGGCUCUCCCUCCCCCAGAUCCCGUCACCAACCCUGACGCCCCUCCUCCGAAGCAACCUCUGCACAUCUCUCUGCACCACUCCCGCUUCAACACCGCUCGCCCCAGCUCCGUUCCUCUCUCCCCCCGCGGCCAUUUCACCCCCAGCCGCCCACCUUCCUGGCCCACUCCCCCAGGAGGAGGGGCAGCGGGGGGGGCGGGGAGCCCUGGGAUUGGCUCACGGCCCGUUUGGCGCUCAGGCAGUGGGGGAGGGGGAGGCACAGGGGGAGGGGGAAGUGUGCGUGGGCAAGGGGGUGAACUACUGGAUGUGGUAAUUUUGUGGGAGUAUCAGGAGCAGGGGCCAGGGAAUGGGAGUGAUGGUAGGGCUGCUGCUGCUGGUGGGGUUGCCGGUUCCGCAUCUGGAUCAGAUGUGCCUUCCCUGCACGACUUCUCGUCCAACCCCACCUGCCCCGUCUCUCUCACGCUCCUCCUCCGAAACUGCUCCUCCUCCCCUGCCUCUGCUGCUGUCCACACGUUCGACCCGGCACUGCUGCCUGCUGUGGAAAAGAAUGUCAAUGCGUCCACUCUGGGCUCGAAUCUGCCUGAGAAAUCUGGCUUUUACUGCCCCAACAACUUGGAUGGCCAGGACGGCGGCACAGUAGCGAGUCCUAGAAGCUUCGCAGGAGGUUUCUCAGGUGGAGGUGGUGUGCUGGGUGGUGAUGAGGUGGCGUGUGGCACAGCAGCGUGUGGACCGUACAUGUGGGCCGGCCAGACUGCCAUGCAAAUUCCCAAGCUUGCUCCAGGGGAGGAAGCUAGUGUGAAGCUCACAGCACUGGUGUUCUCUCCUGGUGUGUACAAUUUCUGGAGUUACCGUGUUGCCUGGAGUGCUGAUGCCAGUGGAGGUGAAGCUGGAGGCAAGACAGGCCAGUCUGCGGCUGCCAAAGACAGCAGAGGCAAAGUUCCAGCGAAGGAAGCUGGCGGCAAGAAUUCGAGCAAGCGUGGCUCACACACGGAGUCUUCUAAGAGUUCAAGGGAGGAAGCUCAAGAAAUUGCUCAGAGGCUUGUGACAGGCUGUGGUAUGGGACACCCGUUUAUGGUGGUGGUAUUGCCAUGA